CCGAGGACUUUCCGACUCCUGAAUCCUUUCAGACUAGGCCGCCGGGGCGGUACCCUUCUCUCCCAUUCCACCAACCAUGCUGAAGGCUUAAGGAUCCCACAGUGAUCCACAUUCAUUCUUUGAGUUUGGCCAGGGUUCUGAGUCGACUUGACUCGAUCCUGUUUCCUUGAUUUCCAGUUAUUGUGUGCUGCCCCAUCUCCAACUCUAUCACAUCAUAAUUUCUACUAUAAGCUAGGUUCCCAUUCAUCAUGACGGCCCCCUUCCGUUACCGAAGAAUCAAAUUGAUCCUUGCUGUCUGCUGCUUCCAAGCGAUUCAAUGUAUGCAUGGGGACUUACCCUCAUCAGUCCUCAGUCAGACAUAUCAUAAACCGCCAGAUGUGGCCACAUCGUCAACUAGCAGGUACAUGUUGAAUAGUCAGGUGGUUGCAGGAGGUCAUCAUCAAAUGGCAUCUGAACCUGAAAUGAAGAAUCCCCCAACUUCAGAAGACGGCAUUAAGCGUUACUUCAACUCUGUCCGACAGUUGAGACGUCCCACUACUGGCUUGGCGAGGGAGAAAUUCGACCGUGGAACAUCCCAGGAGGAAAAACAAAUCGAAUUCAAUUUUCUGCUGGAAGACGUUCUUUUGAUGACUGAAGAGCUCGAGAAGCUCAUGAAGGAGGUUCGGAAGAACUUAGGAAAGAAAUCACGCAGGUUGCUUCCAUUUCACGCAUUAAGAUAUGUCCACCAUCUCAUGAUGCCUUCCAUAAAAAACUUCCUUGCUCGUCUUGCAAGAGAACAUGGCUUGCCUGAACCUGGAAGCUUGAACAAAAAACCUUUCUCAAAGGAAAUGUAUGUCUGA